AUGUCAUUAGCCGGCCUCAGGAAACAACUGAAUAAAGCCAAUCAGUUUAUGAGUGAAAAGAUUGGCGGCGCAGAAGGUACAAAAUUAGACGAUGAAUAUUUGGAAAUAGAAAGAAAAGUGGAUACAAUCUCUAAACUAUUUGAAGAUGUUAUGGCACAAACUCAUGAAUUUCUUCAACCUAAUCCAGCCCACCGUGCUAAGCUGAUGACAAUGAACACGUUGAAUAAAUUACAAGGGAAAUCAAAGAAUGCAGCCUAUCCGCAGCCUGAAAAUCAGCUGGGUGAAUGUAUGGUAAAAUAUGGUCGUGAUUUGGGACCUGAUUCAUGCUAUGGCCAAUGUCUUGUACAAGCUGGUGAAUCAUUCAAAUAUUUAGCUGAAAUCAAGUAUACUAUGGAGGAGCAUGUGAAAGAGAAUUUCUUGGAUCCUUUACACAGUGUACAAACCCACGAGCUGAAAGAAAUCAAUCAUCAUCGAAAGAAACUUGAAGGACGACGGUUGGACUUCGACUGUAAAAAACGGAAACAGGAUAGAAGUGCAAGUAAUUCUAGACUACCAGAAGAUGAUUUAAAAGUGGCUGAAGAGAAAUUCCAAGAAUCAAAAGUAUUAGCUGAACAAGCUAUGAUUAACUUUUUGAACAGUGAAAUUGAUCAAGUUCAAGCACUGACAGAAUUUAUUACAGCUCAAGCGGAUUAUCAUCGUCAAGCUACAGAUAUUAUGGAACAGUUGAGGAAAUUUCUUAUUGAUAAGAAAGAUGAAACCAAUACAAAACCACGUAAAUCCCAUGAACCGAAACGUGUUUCAGGAACAUUAAAUCAUGAUACAGGUGGUAAAAGUCCAUUGAAUAGUGCACUUAGUACACCAGCGAAAAAUGGUCCUAAUCCGCAUACUGCUAAAGAUAUACCUGUGUUGGGACCAUCGUGUAGAGCGUUGUUCGAUUUUGAAGCUGAAAAUGAUUCGGAACUACCCUUCUCAGAAGGUGAUAUUAUCAGUCUAAUACUACGUGUCGAUGAAAAUUGGUUUGAAGGUGAAUUAAACGGUCGUAAAGGUUAUUUUCCAGUGAAUUAUGUUGAAGUUAUCAAUCCACUACCUUAA